AUGCGCGCGCUCUCGCGCCUCGCGCGCGCGCCGGGUCGCGUCACUCGACGAUACGGCUCGCGACGCGUCGUCCGGACGAAGGCGUCGCUGUUAGAUCGCGCCGAACGGGCGUUGAGACGCGCGAGCGGAGAUUACGAGCGAAGUGAGCUCGCGUACUUGGCGUACGAUCCGGCGAGCGAACGCACGGCGCACGCGUCGACGAGCGCCAUCAAUGGCUCCGUGAGAGUCGCUGCGUUCGGGCCGUGGCGGUCGUUGCGGUUCAACGAGAUCGAGCAAGGGUUGGCGUACUGCGGACGCGAGGCGGCGGCGGCGGCUGAGAGGGACGGGAAGGCCGCGAUGGACGACGAAGCGCUCCCGUACGAGUAUCUGCGCGUGAUGACGGCGGCGUCGAUGGGGUUGUUGAAGCACAAAGGGUUGGAUCCGUCGACGGGCGGGCGGGCGCGGGUGUUCCACGUGGGCCUGGGCGCGGGCGCGGCGCCCGCGUUUUGGCAGCGGACGUUCCCAGAGAGCGACGUCGAGGUCGUGGAGAUCGAUCCCGUGGUCCUAAACGUCGCUAGAGACGUUCUGGGGGUGAAAAUGCGUGUCCACGGCGAAAAUUUCGGGGACAAAGGAUCAAUGCGGGUGAUUUUAGGAGAUUGCGCGCGCGUGCUCGAGGAGCGCUCGGCGCUGGACGUCAUCUUCAUGGAUGCUUUCGACGGCGAGGGAGAGAUACCGCGACACCUGAGGGACGAGACGUUUUUGGAAACGUGUGGCAAUGCGCUUGGUGAAGAUGGGAGUUUGGUGGUGAACAUGUUUAACGGAACGCGCGGGUCGCCGGCGCGCGAAACCGUGCGUGAUUUCGCUCGAUUACUUGAACGAUAUAUUGGUCCAGUGUGCAGUUUUCCCGUCAUGGAUUCCCCCGUCAACGUCGUCCUGAGCGCAACGAAGAGUAAAUCGACGAGACCAACGCGCGAUGAGUUCAUUCUCUGGACGAAAUCGAUGGGUGAGCGAGCAGGAUUCGCGUGGCAACCGGAGCGACUCGUCGAGGGGGCAUUUUGGGUCGACGCAACGGGAGACGAGAUAUUGGAAGCCGUAGCGGGCGGUAAGCCCGGCAUCAGGGGACGAUUCCGAGGUAGAAACGGAACGUUGAUGCCUCGAGAGUUUUUGGAUGUUGUCGAGCAUAGAGAGUGA